AAGAGGGACAGAUUGAAUGGUCAGAAAUGUCUGUUAUAGAAAACAUUUGCAUGGUUAGGCAAUUAUUUUCAAAUUUAGAAAUGUUUAGAUUUGUUUGUACUGUGAUGGCCAUGCAUUAAUUUUAUUUUUUUUUGGUUUUUUUGAGUUUUUGAUCUCUUUAUGCAUUUAUGAGUGCAAGAAACCAUAUUCAUCCACAUGCACAUUUAUCCUCACUCUUCUGUUGUGGACAAUAUUUAAUGCAAGUUCAGGAUAAUACAACAAAUGGUUCAGCUCCUGCUUCCGAGGAGAUGAAUGCAAAAUAAUUACUGACAUUAUUUAAUGCACUGAGCAGGCCUUACAGAGUUUUAGCAGCUUCCUAGGACGGAUUUUGCAUUUAUAAAUUAUCUAGUGCAUGGGUGACGUAGGUAUAAAAAUCAGGUGGUUUCACUGGUUAGGCCUGUUUUCAGACAAUUUUAUUUUAGUUCAGGGAGCAGAAGUUUUUGGCAGAUAAUUUGGGGUGGAUCAAAAUGGCAGCAGCAGGGAAUUCUUCAGCUUUGAAUUGUGUGUCUGAUGAAAAAAAUGGAGAAAAUAAUGGAGUUGUGAAGGCCGACAUGGACAAGGGAGCUUGCGGCAAUGGUAUCUGUGAAGAUUUCAACAAUGCUAUAGAUUUGAACAAUGGAAGCAUUCCUGCCAAGAAGUCGGAUUUGAUAGUCUCCUUUGGGGAAAUGCUUGUAGACUUUGUCCCAACAAUCUCUGGCGUUUCAUUAGCCGUGGCACCUGCUUUUAAGAAGGCGCCAGGGGGCGCACCAGCAAAUGUUGCUGUAGAGAUAGCCAGGCUUGGAGGUCAUGCAGCAUUCAUUGGGAAGGUCGGUGAUGAUGAGUUUGGACACAUGUUGGCUGGAAUUUUAAGGGAGAAUGGCGUGGAUGGCAGGGGAAUAUUGUUUGACAGUCAUGCUAGAACAGCGCUUUCUUUUGUGACACUGCGCAGUGAUGGAGAACGGGAGUUCAUGUUUUAUCGCAACCCUAGUGCUGACAUGCUCUUGACCGAGGCUGAACUUGACAAGGACCUGAUACAGCAGGCACGCAUAUUUCACUAUGGAUCAAUCAGUCUGAUUGCAGAGCCCUGCAGAUCAGCCCAUCUUGCAGCUUUGAGAAUGGCAAAAGAUGCAGGUGCUCUCUUAUCUUAUGAUCCUAAUCUCAGAUUGCCAUUGUGGCCCUCUCCAGAAGAAGCUCGGAAAGGCAUCUUAAGCAUCUGGGAUGAGGCCGACUUAAUCAAGGUCAGUGAGAAUGAAGUGGAAUUCCUUACAGAUGGAGGAGACUAUGAAAAGGAUGAAGUAAUCAUGUCCCUUAUGCAUCCAGGACUCAAGUUAUUGCUCGUAACUGUAGCAGAAAAAGGUUGCAGAUAUUAUACCAAGGACUUUCGGGGAAGAGUAAGUAGCUUCCAAGCGAACACAGUUGAUACAACAGGUGCUGGAGAUGCAUUUGUUGGGGCAUUUCUUUCUGAGCUGGUCAAGGACAUGUCAUUGCUUAAGGAUGAAAAGCGACUGAGGGAAGUACUCCUUUUUGCUAAUGCUGCUGGUGCUAUAACUACGACAGAAAAGGGUGCAAUUCCCGCAUUGCCUGAUAGAGCUGCUGUAUUGAGCCUCUUGAACAAGAUUCAAGCUUCAUGAAUCUAUCUGAAUUGUAUCCACUGUUUUUCCUCUACACAAGGAACAGAUAAAUCUCCAUAUGGAUGUGUUAUAUAUGAUGAACUAUAAAAAAAUAAACUUAAGCUAGUUGAUUUUAUCUAGUUUCUUUCAAAAUGAAGCUCAAGAAAGCAUUGUCAUCUACUCUUAUUCGACUCUACUUCAUAAUAUAUUAAGGCAUAUCAUUAAGAGUUCUUAAUACUUCGUUCUAUACUUUUGAACAGUGAACAAUUUAUCAAGAAACUCCUUAAAUAACCAAAAGUACUAUAAUGAGUCUUUAAUAUCUCAUUUUAUUUGAAGAUACAUUACACAACUAUGAAGUAGUCCUUAAGUUUACAAGUAUAUGCAUACCUAGAAAAGGGUCCAUGCAUCAAACUCUAUUGGAGAGCUGCAAGUUAUUGUCUUAUAUCCUCAUGAAUAUUCAGGGAUACAUGUAACUCCAUUUGGGACAUAUAACUAUAAAAUCCAUGUCUCAUAUUACUUGUCA